AGCAGUGACUUGUGACUGGUUGGCUAGCAUGGGGAGCAGGAGACUGGAGGCAGGGAGACAGAAACACUCGUGGUGGUGUGAAGGUGGGAAUUCCGUCAGUGUGUUUGGAGUCGCGGCGAGGGAAGGAAGCCGAGAGGAACCGUGCCAAGAUUACAAUCAUGUCGCCGUUAUUGCUGCUACUCGUGGGUGUUGCCGCCGUCACCACGCCCUCCCAUGCACAGAAUGACUGUGGCCUUCCUUACACCUCGCAAAGCACCAGGUUUCGUCGACAGGCGGAGCCCCAACACACAAACGCCGCGCCGCCUCCGACAAACACUCAUCCAGCGCUGUAUUCGAAGUGCGGCGCCGUGGUCAUCAGCGAUCGCUUCCUUUUGACGGCGGCGUACUGCGUGCUCAACCCUGAUAAACCAGUGAAUUCUGUACGUCUGGGUGACCUGGACCUGGCCAAGGAAGGGGAGGCCAACAGCCGUCCAGCUGACUAUGACAUCGAGCUUAUCAUCAUCCAUCCUAACUUCACAGAAGACACACAAACAGGGAUCCGCUACAAUGACUUGGCACUGCUCAAAACCAAAACUAAGAUACAGUUUAAUGAGGCUGUGUAUCCCUUCUGCAUAUCUCGCACCAGGCCUGCAGUCAACACCACUGUCACUGUUUCAGGCUAUGGCUAUGUUAAUGAUUCCCAUCAGCCAACUCACCUGCAGGAGGGAGAGCUGCAAGUGAUGUCCUUGGAUGACUGUGUAGCAGAGUAUCGCACCAAGAACAGAUAUGACAUGCUGCAGAGUGCCUACCCUGGACUCCUGCAGGGAUAUGGUGUGGUGUGUGCAGGUCACCCUGACAGAGGGGCUUGUAAUGGUGAUGAGGGUGGACCAAUGCUGCGGAAGGAUGAGUCUGGCCGCCAGCAUCUGGAGGGCAUCAUCAGUUUCACUGCAGAUGUCUGUGGUCCUGGUGUGCUGCCCUCCAUCUCCACUAGUGUGGCUGACAAUUAUGAUUUUAUUGUUGAAACAAUAAAAUAUGCCUAAAUUUGAAUUGCACUCGUCACUUAUAUGGCUGUCUAGAAGCACACUUACUGAUAGUACAUGUAUUUACAAUCCAUUAAUCUAUGUCUUUCUCUCCUUCAGUGGAGAACCAGCAGAAGAAUUUGUCAUGCGUCUCUUUGCUUAUGUGUUGAUAGGUUAAUUCCCUGUCUUGAUGGCUUACUGGUAAUGCACUUAGUUUUUAGUUUCUUUAUUAUCUUUUAGUCCCUUAUUUACUUUUGUCUUUUGUAUGCUACUCUCAUUCUCUCACAUUAAUAUUUAAUGGUGAUAACAAGUACAAUGUACAAGCCUAUAACUAUAUAAUUAGUGAAAAAUCACAUCAUUGAUGAAAUUUUUUUUUUCAAUUAAUUUUCUUACCUGAAAAGAUAAAUGAAAACAAAAUAGCAAAAUGACACAAGACCUACACUACAACCUUCACCUUUACACUCACAUUCCCAUCACCUAGAGGAAAAUACUCCUGUCCUCAAUCUAUAGCUGUAUAGCAGUUAUUCUCAAACUGUAAACCAUGAUCAUAAUCAAUUGACUCACACUUAAUCUCUCUUUCUCUCUGUCUAAGACUCCAAAACAGUGACAGCUAAUACAUUUACCAAUAAUCUUAAAUUUAACUCUUUACUUGCAGAUUAAUAAAGUGACAUUUUUCAAUCA